AUGGGGCAUAGUUCGAAUAAGAAGAAGCGAGGAGGUGGAGGAAGAAGAAACAAGUCAAGAACACCUUCCAAAGACCACACUUCUCAAUUCGGAAACGGUGAUGAUAACGAACAACUCGCCGAAGAGAUUACUGCACUAUGUGCGAUUUUUCAAGAGGAUUGCCAAAUUGUUCCUGGAUCGCCUGCUCAAAUAGUUAUUAAACUCAGGCCUUACUCGAAUGACAUGGGUUAUGAGGAUGUGGAUGUGUCUGCUGUUCUUGUUGUUAGGUGCUUGCCUGGGUAUCCCUUCAAGUGUCCCAAGUUGCAGGUUACUCCUGAAAUGGGUUUAUCCCAAACUGAUGCUAAUAAACUUUUGUCUCUCCUUGUUGAUCAGGCCAAUUUAAAUGCUAGGGAGGGACGAGUAAUGAUCUUUAAUUUAGUUGAGGCUGCUCAAGAAUUUCUGUCUAGAAUUGAGCCCAUUGCCAAACCAACUGAAUCUAAGUGUUUACACCCAACUACAGAAGGCAUUGGAGAACUGGGUCUCAAAGAUAUGGCAUCUUCAAAUAAGAAUAGAUCUUUUGUUUAUGGUUUCGUCGACCUUUUCAGUGGCUAUGGAGAGUCUUGGAAUUGGGGUUUUGGAAUUGAUGAAAUUGCUGUAAAAAGUUCUUCUAUUCCUUCUUCUAAGUUGGAUGCCUCCACACUACAAAUAGAAACCCGGGAAAAGAAAUCCGAUUGCAAGGAAGAUCCGUUCAUAUUGCAAGAACUUCCUGUCAAAUUAGAUACUGUAGGAGAAGUUAGUGAAGAUAGCUUAUCUUUGACUUGUUCAAGUAGAUCUUUGGUGGGUGAUUUUACGGGGAACAAUACUGAAGGUGAGAAAGAGUAUUCUAUAGUUGACGAGUAUACAACUGAGGAUAGCAAAGGUAUAUCUGACAACGAAUCUACAGAGGAUAGCAAAGGUAUAUCUGACAGCGAAUCUACAGAGUCUCUGUCUUCUGUGUCCUUGCCUCAUCAUCAGGCAUCUCAAAUAGAAAAGGAUCUACUAAUGGUUCACUUGCUUCGCGUUGCUUUGGCAUCUGAAGGCACAUUGCCCGACUCUUUGCCCCAAAUAGCAACAGAGCUGGACCAUUUAGGGUUCGUUUCUGACUCGACACGUGUUAUGGCAUCAAAACCGUCUUCUCUUUUCAACAAAACCUUUGAUCAUAUCAUCAAGAAACAACCGGCAUUAUCCAAAAUAUCUCAAUUGUGGACAUCUUCUUCUGAUCUUGGAAGCUCUAAUACCGUUCACAAUAAUUCUCGAUAUUUAAAUGAUUUUGAGGAGCUACGCCCCCUUGGUCAUGGUGGUUUUGGUCACGUUGUGCUGUGCAAAAAUAAACUCGAUGGAAGGCAGUAUGCAAUGAAGAAAAUUCGCCUUAAGGACAAAACCAUGCGUGACCGAAUAUUAAGGGAAGUAGCUACACUUUCUCGUUUACAACAUCAACAUGUUGUUCGAUAUUAUCAGGCAUGGUUUGAAACUGGAGUUACUGAUUCUUAUGGUGAUCUUGCUGGAGAUUCAAGAACUCCAGCGAGCUCUACUUUCAGUUACAAAGGUGCAAGCUCCAAUGAUGCUAUUGUGCGUGAGAAUCGGCUUGAAUCAACAUAUCUUUAUAUACAAAUGGAGUACUGUCCCAUGACUCUUCGCCAAAUAUUUGAAUCAUAUAGUCAUUUUGACAAAGAACUGGCAUGGCAUUUGUUUCGCCAAAUAGUAGAAGGUUUGGCACACAUACAUGGGCAAGGAAUAAUUCAUCGGGACUUAACACCAAGUAACAUAUUCUUUGAUGCUCGCAAUGAUAUUAAAAUCGGUGACUUUGGUCUUGCCAAGUUCUUGAAGUUGGAGCAGGUGGAUCAAGAUCCAACCCAUCUUGCUGAUACAACUGGAGUUUCCAUUGAUGGCACUGGACAAGUAGGGACAUAUUUCUAUACAGCUCCUGAAAUUGAACAAGGGUGGCCUAAGAUUGAUGAAAAGGCUGACAUGUACAGCUUAGGAGUGAUUUUCUUUGAGCUCUGGCAUCCAUUUGGGACAGCAAUGGAGAGACAUGUUGUUUUAUCCGAUCUGAAACAAAAAGCAGGGCUUCCACCUGCUUGGGUUGCUGAGUUUCCUGAACAAGAAUCCUUGCUGCGGCAGUUAAUGUCUCUAGGUCCCUCAGAUCGCCCCUCUGCCACAGAACUUCUGAAGAACGCAUUUCCUCCACGAAUGGAGUCUGAAUUUUUUGACGAUAUGUUGCGAACAAUGCUGAAAUCAGAAGAUAGAAGCAUUUACGAUAAAGUUUUAAAUGCUAUCUUUGAUGAAGAAAUGUUAAGCUCAAAGCACAUUCAUCAAGUUGGUAGAUUAGGGUCAGUUGGAGAUAACAAUUCAUCCAUUCAGCACACAGAUUUUGUAACCCAAGUCCGAGAUUACAUUGUUGAUGUCAGCAAGGAUAUUUUUAGACAACAUUGUGCUGAACACCUAAAAAUAUUACCGAUUCGUUUAUUGGAUGAUUGUCCGCAGUUUAAUAGAAAUACAGUUAAACUUUUGACCCAUGGAGGAGACAUGCUUGAACUUUCCCAUGAGUUGCGUUUGCCUUUUGUAAAUUGGAUUAUAUCUAACCAGAAAUCUUCAUUCAAACGAUAUGAGAUAUCAUAUGUUUACAGGAGAGCUGUUGGGCAUUCAUCACCAAACUGCUACCUUCAGGGAGAUUUUGACAUUAUUGGUGGCACUUCAGUAUUGACGGAGGCAGAGGUCAUAAAGGUCACGAAGGACAUAGUCACUUGUUUUUUCCAUGAAGACUCAUGUGACAUUCAUCUAAAUCAUGCUGAACUACUGGAUGCAAUUUGGUCAUGGACUGGAAUCAGGGUAGAACACAGAUUUAAAGUAGCAGAGCUUCUUUCAAUGAUGAGUUCUUUGCGUCCUCAAUCCUCAGAAAGGAAAUCAAAAUGGGUAGUGAUAAGGCGACAACUUUUGCAGGAACUGGGUUUAGUUGAAGCUAUGGUGAAUAGGUUACAGACAGUAGGUUUGAGAUUUUGUGGAUCUGCAGAUCAGGCACUUCCUAGACUAAGGGGAGCUCUACCAUCUGAUAAGCGGACUUUAAAGGCACUUGAUGAAUUGUCUGAGCUUGUCCGUCUCUUGAGAAUUUGGAGGAUUGACAAAAAUGUAUAUAUAGAUCCAUUAAUGCCGCCAAAUGAAAGUUAUCAUAGAGAUUUGUUUUUUCAGGUAUACUCAAGGAAGGAGAACAGUCCUGGAUCACUCUCUGAGGGUGUCCUGCUAGCUGUUGGUGGUCGAUAUGACUAUUUGCUUCAUCAGUUGAGGAGCAGUGACUAUAAAGGAAAUCCCCCCACUGGUGUGGGGACUAGCCUUGCCCUAGAGACAAUAAUUCAGAAUUGUUCUGUACCCAAUCGAAAUGAAGCAAGCAUCAAAAUUCUUGUGUGCUCAAGAGGAGGAGGUGGUCUGUUGGUGGAGCGCAUGGAACUAGUUUCUGAAUUAUGGCGGGAGAACUUUAAGGCCGAAUAUGUCCCCGUCCCUGAUCCAAGUCUUACAGAGCAAUAUGAGUACGCUAAUGAACGUGAUAUAAAAUGUCUCGUUAUUAUUACAGAUGCAGGUUUCUCCCUGACCGAUUCAGUUAAGGUUCGACAUCUUGAACUUAAGAAGGAGAAAAAUGUUGAGAGAGAGAACCUAGUCAAGUUUCUAUCAGAUGCUAUGGCAACACAAUUUAGAAACCCCUCCAUAUGGAUUUGA